AUGUAUUUUGUUUUUGGUAUUUUUUUCUUUUUAUUAUUCUUAUCAACUAAAGCUCAUACACCAGGCAUAGUAACUGUUGAUACAUUUACAUUCAAUAAGAUUCGAAAACAUUUUAAUGUUGUUCUAGCAAAAUUCGAUGAUAAAUACCCUUUUGGUGAAAAACAAGAUCAAUUUAAAAAAUUUGCUCUAAAUGUUGCUAAUACAAAAGAUCUUCUUGUUGUUGAAAUUCCAAUAACAGAAUAUGGAGACAAAGAAAAUGAAAAACUGGCUAAAGAAUAUGGUGUUAAAAAAGCUGAUUAUCCUGCAUAUAAAUUAUUUCUCAAAGGCAAAUCUAAACCAAUAGAUUAUACCGGUGAUAAAACUGAAGAUGAUCUGAAACGCUUUCUUUUACAACAUACAAAUCUUUGGUUUGGUUUACCUGGCACAAUCGAGGAAUUAGAUCGUCUAGCUCAAAAAUUUUUUUCUGCAUCAUCAAAUAAUGAUACAACUAUGCAAAAAUCUUUAUUAGAAAAAGCACGUAAACAAGUCAAACAAUUAGUUGAUAAGAAAGAACAGAAAAGUGGUGAAUCGUACGUAAAAAUCAUGGAAUCGGUCGUUAAACAAGGUACCGAAUUUCUUAAACGUGAAGGAAGACGUGUUCAAAAUCUUCUAAAAGGAAAAAUUACUAAUGAAAAAAAAGAAGAAUUACAACAUCGUGCAAAUAUUCUUCUCUCAUUUAAAUCAUUGAAAGAAUCAAUAACUGAUACCGUUGAUGUUGUCAAAGAUAAUGUUGGAAAACAAAGGAAAGAAACAAUUACUGGUGAUAAAGAUUUGUGA